AUGCCCCCACCAGAUCUCUGCUUCCAGAGGCCCCCGCCGCCAGACGCGCUGUCUCUGCCCAGGGCCGACUCCGAGGAGAUCGUCACCUACAUCUCCGAGGGCAUGACGGUGACCUCGGCCGACGAGGAGAAGCUGCAGCUGCUGAACAAGAACACGGAGCUGCGGCGCAUCAACAAGGAGCUCGUGAAGCUCAACCAGGAGUGGGACCAGAUCUACCACGCCACCACGCUGGGGCUGCAGCAGAAGGUGCGGGCCCUGCAGCAGGAGAUGGCGGCCCUCAGGCAGCACGCGGAGCGGCUCGCCAUGAAGCUGGACCACGAGCAGAGCAAGAGGGAGUACUGCGAGCAGACCCUGAUCCAGGAGCUGAAGAAGAACCAGCACCUGCAGGAGUACGUGCGGCAGCUGGAGGGCAGCCAGCACCGCGGGCCCCCGGCCGGCCGGCCCCCCGGGAGCCCCGAGGCGCCGGGCGCCGGGCCCCAGCGGGGCUGCGGGCAGCGCGCCCCGAGGACGCCGGGCAGCGAGCGCCGUGAGCCCCCCGACAAGGAGGUGACCGACCUGAAGGACCAGCUGGAGGCCCUCAAGUGCCAGACGGAAAUUUAUGAGGCCGAUUACAGGACAGAGCACCGGGACCGCGAGCGCAUCGAGGCUGAAAACGAGAAGCUGCGGAAGAAGGAAGAGGAGAUGAGGCAGCAGAUGGUGCUCCUGCAGGAGCAGCUGAAGAUCUUUGAGGACGACUUCAGGAAAGAAAGGUCGGACAAGCAGCUGCUCCAGCGCCUCCUGAAGAGCAAGUCUGCCCCCAAGGAGCCCGUCCUGGUCCAUCGCUGCAACAGCCACGAGAAGCCCGGCCCGCCGGCCACCUCCGCCCCCAGCAGCGCCUCGGGCCCCAGGGGGGCUGGCUGCAGCCGGCACUGCGAGAAGCCCGGCCGCAAGCAAGGCGAGUGCGCCAGGCACCCAGAAGCCCAGAUCCCCACUUUCAGCAGAGACUACUAGGAACGAGGGCUGGACUCCCUGCCUCGCCUUUCAUCCUCCUCUGUGCCUCCUCCUGCACCAGCAGCCAGCUGGAUCCAGGACCUAGGAGCCUUGCUCAUCCACUGCCUGUGGACAACCCUCCUCGGGAGCUUCUCCAUCAGGGCUGCCUUGGUUAGCACCAAGACUGCCCACUGCUUGAGGUCCAGCCCAGCAGAGCAGAACUUACUUCCUCUCCGGCAUAAAUCUCUCCUUCAUUUUUCAAGGCCCGGAUGCAAGAGCAGGAGGUUUGUAUCUCUUUGACCUGGAGUGCAUCUCCUUUGCCUCAUCUAACCUGCCUUUUCCCUCUGGAAAGCCCAGGGCUUGCAAAAAGGAAACCAGCAGGGAAAAGGCCCAGGUGCAGGCCCAGGGCGGUGCCGGUGCCAGGGAAGGGCUCCGCCACCCCUGCAGCCGCCGGGGACUCUCGCUAUGCUGCUGCGGACCAGCCCUGGUUCCAGCAGCAUCUCUUUGCGCUGCUAUUGCUCCCACUGAGGGGCUUUCAUUCAAGCACUUGGAGGCUUUGGCUACUCUCUCCCCAGGCUGGGACUGGGGGAGGAAUGGCUAGGGUCAAAUCCAGACUUAUUUAUUUGUGUUAACUCAUUUUCUUGGCUUCCUGUUGAGCUGAGACUUUCUACAAGCAAUUGAAUAAAAAAAUAUAAAAUGAA